AUGUCCUCUAUAUCGUUCGGCAGCAAUAACUGGGGGAUGCAAGUGGGAAACAAUUAUGGAGCAAUCUAUCUGCCUCCAGACCAACAGAAAGCCCCGCCCCAGCCGUGCUCUACAGUGCCUUUUCAGAAGGAUACAAUGUUUGUGGGCCGAGAAGCUGUGAUCCGUGCGAUCAAGGAAAAACAAACGGCGACCGGCCAGCGUCAUGAGCGGGUCGCAUUAGUAGGGUUGGCCGGCGUUGGAAAAACCCAGACAGCCAUCGAGUAUUCUUAUCACGUGCGAGAAUCUACACCGGACACAUGGGUUUUUUGGAUUCACGCCAGCAGUGCGGCGCGGUUGGAGCAGGGCUACCAGCAAAUUGCGGCAGUCGCGAAGAUUCCGGGACGGGAUAAUCCGAAUAUGAACCUCCUCCAGCUUGUCUAUCAGUGGUUGUGUGAUCCAGGUAAUGGGCGCUGGCUGAUGGUGCUUGACAAUGUGGAUGACGAUGGUGUCUUUUUCAGUGGCAAUGAAUACAAUGAUCGAGGCCCACGGAUAUUGUUCCUGCCUCAGGCUGUCCAUGGAUCAAUCCUGACCACAUCGCGAAAUGAACUUGCGGCACGGAAUCUGAUAGGAAAGGAUGGUCACGUGAUCGAGAUUCAGCCAAUGAACGAGGAAGAGUCCCUCACCCUUUUACGGGCAAGGAUUCCGGCUUCUCAAUCUGGAGGGUCUGGAGAGGAUGAGAAGGCGCUCGUCCAGGUACUUGAAUAUAUUCCGCUGGCAAUCACCCAGGCAGGGUCUUAUAUUGCGAAUCGGUCACCUCGAGUCUCAGUCUCCCGGUACCUUCAGUUGUUCCGCGAGAGCGAUUCGAACCAGACACAUCUUCUUCAGCACGAGGACGCCAAAGACCUCCGGCGGGACCCCAGUAUUCGGCAUGCGAUCAUUACAACAUGGCAGCUAUCGUUCGAACAAAUCCAUCGUGAACGGCCGGCAGCGACGGAUUUGCUGGCUUUAAUUAGCAUGUUUGAUCGGCAGGGGAUCCCAGAAAGCCUCGUCCGUGCGGAUGAUGAUGAGCUCCAAUUUGAGGAUGCAUUGGCACCAUUGAUCAGUUAUUCACUUGUCCGGAUUGAGACUGAAACAGCAUCCUUUGAUAUGCAUCGACUGGUACAAUUAUCAGUCCGGAAAUGGCUAGAGAUCCACCUCGAACUGGUUCGGUGGCAAGAGAAGUCGCGAGCCAUUAUGGCGCAGAUGUUUCCCUCUGGACAUUACGAGACCUGGACGGAAUGUCGAAGGCUACUUCCACAUGCGAAGGAGGUGAUAAAAUCGGUAUCUGAUGUCCGUGGAGAUCAAAUGCAUGCGGCCACAAUUUCCUUCCACUGCGGAUGGUAUUUAAUGCUUCAAGGGACAUACAAAGAAGCGCAAUUUUUCCAGAAAUCUGCAUUAGACGCAAAUGAGAGGCUGUUUGGGCUAGACGAUCCGAAAACGCUCCUCAGUGCUAGUAACUUUGGUAAUGUGCUCCUCAGACAAGGGAAACAUGAAGAAGCGCAAGCGAUGCACCAACGGGUGUUAGAAACACGAACGAAGGUGCUAGGAUGCGAGCAUCGCCGCACACUCUUCACUAUCAAUUACCUUGGCUUAGUGUUCUCCGGGCAAAUGAAAUAUGAAGAAGCAGAAGCAAUGCAUCGGCGGGCAUUGAAAGUACGAGAGAAGGUUUUUGGGUGUGAGCAUCCUGACACGUUGACAAGUAUCAAUGAUCUUGGUAACGUCCUCUCUAACCAAGGCAAAUAUAAAGAGGCAGAAUCCAUGCAUCAGCGGGUUUUGGAAGCAAGGGAGAAAUCGUUUGGGCGUGAGGAUCCUGAAACACUCACCACUGUCAAUGACUUUGGUAUGGUUCUCUUUAGGCAAGGGAAAUAUAGAGAAGCAGAAGCAAUGCACCGACGGGCAUUUGAAACACGAGAGAAAGUCCUUGGACGCGAGCAUCCUUAUACACUAACUAGUGCUCGUGACCUUGGCCUGGACCUCUCCCACCAGGGGAAUUAUCCAGAGGCGGAGGUGAUGCAUCGACAGGCAUUGGAAGGAAGAAAGGAAGUUCUCGGACGCGAGGAUCCUAGUACGCUUACUAGCGUCAGUGACCUUGGGAAUGUGCUCUUAAGGCAAGGAAAAUAUGAAGAAGCAGAAGCAAUGCAUCAAUGGGCAUUCGAAAUACGAGAGAAGGUGCUUGGGUACGAUCACCCUCACACACUCACUAGUGCUAAUGACCUUGGCCUUGUGCUCUCCACUCGAGGGAGAUAUAGGGAGGCGGAAGCAAUGCAUCGACGGGCAUUGGAAGCACGAGAGAGGGUCCUCGGACUCGAACAUCCUGGCACACUUACCACUGUCAAUGACCUUGGCUUAGCUUUUUUCAGGCAACAUAAAUAUAGAGAGGCGGAAUCAAUGUAUCGACGGGCAUUGGAAGGACGAGAGAAGGCGCUUGGGCGUGAGAAUCCCCAGACACUCAUUAGUAUCAAUGACCUGGGUAACAUCCUAUCCAGCCAAGGGAAAUUUGAGGAGGCAGAAGCGAUGCAUCGGCGGGUGUUGGAAACACGGGAGAGAGUGCUUGGACGCGAGCAUCCUGGCACACUUACCACUGUCAAUGACCUUGGCUUAGAUCUUUUCAGGCAAGAGAGAUACAAGGAAGCGGAAGAAAUGCACCGGCGAGCGCUGGAGGCACGAGAGAAGGUGCUUGGGCGCAAGCACCCUCACACGCUCAUUACUAUCGACGGCCUCAGUAACAUCCUCUCCAGCCAAGGGAAAUACAAAGAGGCAGAAGCGAUACGUGGGCGUGCGUUCGAAGCAUAG